AUGUAUCGGAGUGCGAGGCAACGAAUGAAAUAUCCCCAAAUACGUCAGGUAAAUAUACCAGUACCUGUCGAGCCAAUGCCUGAACCUAAUUCAGCAAGGAUGAUAAUAAUUGUUGUUAUGGUUGUUGUUGGAUCAUUUUUAUUUCUUGGUACACUUGCAAUCGCUCUUGGUCUUGGACUUGGUUUCGGUCUUGGAGGACGAUCCGGAAGUUCUACACCAAAAUUUGUUACAACAACAGUAUCAUGUAAUUCAUUAAUAGGACAAGGUAAUUGCUCAAAUACUACAAAUCAUCCAAAUCAUCCAAAUCAUCCAGCACCUAUGCCUAUUCAAAGCACAUCAACAUCAACAUUAUCCUCAUCAUCACCAUCAUCAUCAUUAUUAUCAUCAUCUACAUCAAAUACUUGGCCAUGGAUUGUUGCUCUAUAUUCAGAUAGUUUUAGAAUUUGUACUGGUUUUCUUCUAUCAAAACAACAUGUUCUAACAACUGCUAGCUGUGUUUCUAAUCUAGACAAAAAUAAGAUUACUAUUUAUGCUGGUAUAACCACACUUUCAACAAAAAAUAAUGCUCAGAUACGUUCGAUUUCUCGUAUAACCUAUCCAUUGACUUAUACUACAAAUAAUGCUAUCGAUGACAUAGCGAUUCUUACACUCAAUGAAACCGUCAUUUUAAGUUCAACAACAAACGUAUGUUCAAUUGCAAAUGAUAUCACAAUACCGCAUGUCAAACAACAAAGUGUUGUUGUAGGUUGGAAUAAAGUAUCAUCAACUUCUUCACUACCAGAUAUAUCUCAAUCAGCCGACGUUGAAGUACAAAGUCCAUCAGCAUGUGGUAUAGUAAAAUUAAGUAAUAGUCGAUUUUGUGGUAGUUAUAUGUCUGCUGGUUCGUGUCCUGGUGAUAAAGGAAGUCCACUUAUGACUAGGAAAAAUAAUGCAUGGAUAUGUUCUGGAAUUGUUAAUGAUGAUCGUUCAGGAUGUGAAUUUCGUGGAAUUUAUACUCGAGUUAGUCAUUAUAAUAAAUUUAUUAACAGUGUUAUAACACAAUAA